CAGAUCGCAUCCGGAAAAGAAAGAACACUGGGGGAAGACCACAGCAUAUAGAUUAGAUAGAGAGAGAGAAACCUGUCGGCGGCGUAGAAAUCCUCUCGACGGUCGGUCAUAUGGCGUUGCCAGGUACGUGUAGUGUUUAAAAAUCUUUCAUUCUUUGCCUUAUUCUUUACUGUUCAGUAUCUAGGCUCUCUCACGAUUCGUAAACAAUGCUUAGAUCAAUCCGACAUUGGUUAGCUCCCUAUAAAUAUAUAUAUAUAUAUAUAUAUAUAUAUAUAUAUAUAUAUAUAUACACACACUACACUUUUCCGGAGGUUUUUGAGUACUGACUGAAAAUGAUAUCUACGGCGAGCCGGCGAUGAGAGCUUCACUUCUUCCGGCAGUGAUUGCCAGCAGUGGCACUUCUUCCAAUAUUAAUUAAUAAGAUAUAUAAUAUACUACACUUAACUGCAGGGUUCAAGAGUAAAAAUUUGAACUUCGCUAGAUCUGAGAGUUGUUGGUGGGGUUAUAUACUUAUAGUUAAAUUUGGAUGAUUUUAAUUUGUUUUAGACGGUGGUUUAUUGAUAAAGUUGAUGAUAACUUAUACUUCUUUAACAAAUAAAAUUGUAUUUUACAGUAUUUUAUUAUUGAGAUGUGAGUGAGGGAGGGAGGGAGGAUAGUAUUAAUGGUGUAAAAUUUUAAUAAAAUAAAACUAUAUAUAAAUAAAAAUACUGUUUAGAAUUCGAUGAAGAAGAAAUAAAACGUUUGCCACUUUCCAGUUGUUGCGAUGUGGCGUAGGCGUACCAGAUGGCUUAUUAUCUGUUAUUGGGCCUGUAGCAGCUGAAGUAGGAGGCUGAAAUUAUUUAUCCACCGGCCCAUGAAGCCCAAUACUAUGUUUUGACGAAGCCCAAUAGUGGGAAAAAGUUUCACAAAGCUUAGCCAGCCAUGGCGGCAGAACAAAUCCCAACCGCACAAAAAUAAUGCGCGCCUUGGCAGCAGUCUCAGUUCCACCAUCUCCCCAUUUCCCUCCUUAUCCCCUCCGCCCCUUCUUCUUCCGCUCUCCCACCGUCGCCGGCUCUAACUUCUCGCUCCCUCUCCUCACCAAAUCGACUCGCUCCCAACUUUCUUCUUCCAGGCCGCCGCGUUCUCGCCGACGGUCCACGCUUCUCCCGCGCCGUUCCGGCGGCGAUUUCGACAACGAUGAUGAUGAGGACUUCUACUUGUUUGCAGGCGAUGAUUUGGAGGGCGAGACCGGCGGCGGAAUCACCAUCGAGGUGCAGAAGCUGGGGAGCAACUCGAGGAGAAUUCGGUCCAAAAUCGGCAUAGAGGCGAGCCUGGACGCAAUUUGGAGUAUACUGACCGAUUACGAGAGGUUGUCCGACUUCAUUCCUGGCCUCGCCGUCAGCAAAUUGAUCGAGAAGAAGGACAAUUUCGCCAGGCUCUAUCAGAUUGGAGAGCAGAAGUUUCCAUUGGGAUUGAAAUUCAACGCGAAAGCCGUUCUGGAUUGCUACGAGAAGGAAUUGGAGAGGUUAUCUGCGGGGAAGAAGCGAGAUAUUGAGUUCAAGAUGACUGAAGGUGACUUCCAGUUCUUCGAAGGGAAAUGGUCCAUUGAACAGGUCAAGAAACAGAGUCCAGAGAAAGAGUUGGAUUCAUCUCAAAGCCAAGAUUUCGAGACGACACUAUCGUACUUUGUCGAUAUCAAGCCGAAGCUCUGGUUGCCCGUUCACCUGAUUGAAGGCAGAAUCUGCAGGGAGAUCAAGAAGAACCUCACUUCCAUCAAGGAAGAAGCACAAAAAUUUACUCAAUAGUACACUGCAUUCGUAACAGUGACCGAUGUUGCUCCUGAAGCUUGACUAUGGUUUUUUUUGUUUAAAAUUUAUUUCAGCGUAUCUCUCAUUCUACAGCAUUUGUAACUGUAUAUGCAAGAAUUUUAGAUAGGGAGUUCUUUUAAAAAAUUAAAUUAGUAAUUAAAUAAUUCUUAAAUAAGAAAUAUCUAACUAGCACAAAUUAAAAAAAAACUGCACGUCGUGUUUUCAUAUUAUAAAAAAGUUGAAAAAUACACUCGGUGUCUAUAAGCCUCAACAAAUCUCUCUAUCUUACUAUACAACCAUUCACGAAUGUGCUAACGGCCUAACGCCCACCUAGCUCCGCCCCUGUCUAAUAGGCUCCUCUUAAUGAAGGUGCUAAUGCCCUUACUAAAAAAAGUCACUUUGGUUCUCCAGCUACAGGCGAUGAUGCUUUUGCAGCAUUUGAGAUUAGGGAUGGCAAUGGGUCGGGUUGGGUCGGGUUUCGCCAAACCUAAACCCAAACCCAUGGGUUUAUCCGUGAAAAAAACCCGGGAUAAAACCCACGAGGUUUGGAAAACUCAAACCCAACCCAACCCGCUGGGUAUCCGCGGGUUCAUGGGUACCCAUGGGUUUGUCGUAAAAAAUUUACAAUAACAAGUUUUUAUCAAAAUAAAAGUCAAAUAUCAAUAUCUCAAUACAAAUAAUCCAUAUAUAAAACACCAUUCUAGAAAAUUCAAGCAAAUCACAAAUUAACCAUACAAAUUGUUCAACAUCAAUCUAGAAAACUAGAGAAAAUUGAAGCAAAUAAAAAAUUAUACAUAAACAACAUGAUUAAUUGAAAGUUUCUUCCUCAUCAAUUAAGCUCCUUCACUCUACACUCAAUAUCAACUUCAUUCUACACAAUUAGAAAGAAAAAAUUAGAUAUGUCUCCACAAACAUAAAGAAGAUUAAUUGCUUAUAAUAUCCACCAAUAAUAUAUAGUACACUUUUGUGUACUUUACUCCAUUUUAAAUUUCUUGCUCUCUCCUUAAUUUUAGGUAGGGGUGUAGUGGUAAUUAAGAAUGUUAAUAAUUAAAAAACUAUUAAAAUUAAAAAUAUGUUUAAACGUGGGGGAAGUUACCCACCAAACUUUCAGUUUUUUGGGUAGCAUUAUUUAUUUAUUAUAAUAACAAUUAAUCUUUAUUUUUUAGUAUUCUUAAUCUUUCAAUCAUCUUUUCAUAGUGUGAACACAUUUUACUCUAUAAUUUUACUUUUUCUUUAAUUCUUCGAUUAUAAUUAUCGAUUUGUAUUUCAUUUAUUCUAAUUCCAAAUUCAAAUAUUUUUGUGUAAUAAAAUCUUAUAUAUUGUUAUGUACACAAGAUAUUAAUUUUGAUAUGUUUUAAAAUAAAAUAUUUUAUUCUCCGGAACAUGUGGUCAUCAAACCUCAAGGGUUGACCUAAUGAUAAUGUGGGGAUGAGAUUAUACCAGCAUAGUAUUAGUUGUGAACGAUCAUAGUAUAAAUUUAUAUAAUGAAGGGAUUUGCAUAGCAUCAAUUUACAUGAUAGUUUUAGGUGCCUAAAGUAAUAAUUGAUGUCAUAACGAAUUUUAUUUUAAAGUAUGCAAAAGUUUAUUUCAGUCUAAUCCGUUUCUGAUCCAGAGUCGACUGACUGUCUGUCUUUUGCCUGCCUGCUCGCGGGCUUCCAAGAUCCUACCUCCACUGCUUCCUUGUGUGAUUACAACUACGUCGAAUUUAUUGGAUUACAUGGAUUGGAAUUAAUCAACUAGGUUAGUGUUC